AUGACGUCGAAGUGGACGGAUUUGAACGAGAAAAUUAGCAAGUUCAACGCUUGUUUCAUUCAAAAGAACCGAAACCCACAAAGUGGAGCGAGCGAGGCGACAAUCAUGCGACAAGCCACCGAAGAGUAUUGCCGACUAUACAAAAAUAGGACUUUUCCACACGUGGGGGCAUGGGAAGUUGCGAGACAUCAUCCGAAGUGGGUCCCCGUUGAGUUGGUUGACAUGCGUGGUCCUACGGCUCCAAAAAAACGAGGCGGUUCGAAAAGAUCAAAGACAUCCGAUUCGGGGAACUACACGACUUCCGCGUCGGAUAACUUGCCCGAAAUGAACUUAAACGACGACCCCCUUGACGAACCCGAUCAACCCGUUGACGACCCCGUUGAAAAAGAUACACCCACAAGGCCACGACGCAGGAGAGGUGGUGAAUCGUCAAGCAAAGGUAAGGAAGCGGUGGCGGAGUCGAUCUUCAGAAUCGAAGAGGAGAAAAUGACCCAAUUCAAGAAGGCCGAACAAAGAAAAGAAACAAUUAUGUCCCUAAAAGUUGAACACGAGCAGGCGUACAAGGAACACUUGAAAACGAUUGAAAGACAAAAUGAUUUAAAAAUCUUGUGUGAAAACCACGCCCAUCUCGACGAACCGUUCAAGUCAAUUGUCAUUCAACAAAAGCGCGAGAUUUGCGCAAAGUGGGGUUGGGAGAUGCCACCCGUUUGGAUGCAAUCCUGUAACCUGACAGGUAAUUUUGGCGUUUCGAAAAGAUAA